AUGGUGGCGAGGAUGAUGCGGUGGCCUCGGCCCCCGCCGGCGCGAAACUUCCGCGUCCGCCUGGUGGUGCGGCGGGCGGAGGGCCUGCCUCCGCCGCCUGCGCCGCUCUCGCUUGAGGGUUCCCCCGAGGCCGAGGCGAAGGUGUUUGUGGAGGUGAGCUGGAAGGGCCCCAAGAUGUCGCCGCUCACCUCGCUGCGGCGCGCCCAGCGACCGCCCAGGAACCAGACGCGGAAGGAGGCGCUGCCGGCCGUCGCCGCAGCCGCCCCGGCCGACCUCGAGGAUGGCGCCGCCGCCGCCCCUGCUCCGCCGGUGGUGUCGGCGGUGGUGGCCUGGGAGGAGGAGUUCGAGAGGGAUGCGGCGCUCACGGCGACGUCGCACCGUGACCCCGCUGCGUUCCACCCCUGGGACGUCUCCUUCUCCGUUGUCAGCGAAUCAAAUAAAAUGUCAAAGAGCAAACUUGUUCUGGGGACUGCUUCACUGAACCUAGCAGAUUAUGCAUCUGCUGCUGAAGAGGAAAUCGAGAUAAUCCUACCAUUGUCUGUGCCUAGUAGUGCAACAGACCUGGCCCCAUCACUCCAUCUUACUUUAAGCCUGGCGGAACUAAGAAUAUCUCAACAAUCACCUGGUGCUUCACAGCGUUCUGUUAUUGCCCCAUUGUCACCUUCCUCUGGUGACUCUGUUCCUUCUGGAAAAGAUGAGGUUUCAGUCAUUAAGGUGGGGCUGAGAAAUCUGAAAAUCCUAAGACAUCUAGUGUCUACACGGAGGUUCAAAAAGACUAACCAAGACUAUGAUGGCAGUGAGGAGAAGUAUUAUGUUCACAGUGAUGGUGCAGAAUUUUCUUGUGAUACUGACUCUCUUGAUGAUGAUCUGGAUGAUAGAGAGCAGGAUGAUGAGUUUCGGGGUUCAGCCGUCAGGAAGUCCUUCAGCUAUGGCUCACUGCAGACUAUGAAUGUCGGUGCCCUACUUUAUGCACCUAGGAUUGAUGGAGAUGAUGAGGGUUGGGUACAUUACAGUCACCGAAACUCCGAUGUCAGUUAUCAUGUUGAGCAAGUGCCAUCCUCCACAGCUGAGGAGCAUGCUUCCAUCCCUUUGCGGCGAAAGAGGAGCAUAUUUCCAGCUCGAUGGAGAAAGACAAAAUUACCAAAGGCUAAAGGGGAGCCUCUGUUGAAGCCAUAUGGAGAAGAGGGUGGUGAUGAUAUUGACUAUGAUCGGCGGCUGUUGACCCCUUCUGAUGGAUCUGUUUCAGAGGGAUCAAAUGGCUCUACUAAUAGUAUGGUGUCGGUAUUUGGUGAUGACGAUUUUGUUGUGGGGAACUGGGAGUCAAAGGAAGUAUUUAGCCGAGAUGGCCACCUGAAGCUUUGUACACAGGUGUUCUUUGCAUCAAUAGACCAGAGAAGUGAACGUGCUGCGGGGGAGAGUGCUUGCACAGCACUUGUGGCUGUAGUUGCAGACUGGUUCCAAGCAAACCAGGACCUGAUGCCAAUCAGGUCACAGUUUGACAACCUGAUCCGAGAAGGAUCUCUAGAAUGGAGGAAACUUUGUGAGAAUGAGACCUAUAGAGAACGCUUUCCCGAUAAGCACUUUGAUCUUGAAACUGUCCUUCAUGCAAAGAUCCGCCCACUCACAGUUGUUCCCAGUAAGUCGUUCAUUGGGUUCUUCCAUCCUGAAGGUACUGAGGAUGUAACUGGAUUUGACUUCCUUGAUGGUGCAAUGUCAUUUGAUAACAUCUGGGAUGAGAUAAGCCGAGCAGCAGAGUGCUCCUCUGGAAAACCUACCCUAUACAUUGUCAGUUGGAAUGACCACUUUUUUGUCCUCAAGGUUGAUGUGGAUGCUUAUUACAUCAUUGAUACACUUGGUGAGAGGCUGUCUGAAGGUUGCAACCAGGCAUACAUCUUGAAGUUUGAUGACACCACCACCAUUCACAAAGUGCCUGCUGAAAAGAAGGAAGCAAAUCCUGAUACCGGUGGACGCCACAACAAGGAUUCCUCAGAGAUCUGCUUAGCUGAGCAGGACAGUGGAACGGACACUGAAGAGUGUGAGUUUGUGUUGAAGGGUAAGGAUGCAUGCAAGGAGUACAUCAAGAGCUUCUUGGCCGCUAUCCCAAUCCGUGAGCUGCAGGCUGACAUCAAGAAGGGUCUCAUGGCAUCAACUCCCCUGCACCACCGCCUCCAGAUCGAGUUCCAUUACACGGAAUCAUGCCCCGCUGAGAUCACCGUGCCUGCUCCACUGUCCCCAUUUGAAGCCCCUUUCGAGUUCUGUUGGCCUGAGCCACCGUCACCGCCACCGGCCAUUGAAUUCACCGUAACCCAUCCACCUGUCAUGGAGGUCGCCAUAACCCAGGCCGUCGCCGAUGUAUAG